AAUACGAAAAUGGUAAAUGGUAUCUUGACGCUAAAUUGGGGUUAAACUUGUGCAGUAAUUUUAUGAAAAACAUUUGUUCUCAAGUUGGGAUAAACCUCAAAGACCGUAAUAUCGUUAAUCAUUCGGGAAGAACCACACCAAUUACACACUUAUUUUGUGAAGGCAUCCUGAUUGUUACUUCAAUAUCAAUAACCGGUCACAAAAGCGAAUCAUCUUAUCAUAUAUAUUCACGGCUAAGUGAGCAGCAGAAAAAGGAUGUAUUGUCUACAUUAAUUGAUGUUGUUGAUCUUCCGGAAUCUCAAAAUAAUGAAGAUAAUGAUGUCGUUGAUCUUCUGGAAUCUCAAAAUAAUGAAGAUAAUGAUGUCGUUGAUGAUUCUUUAAAUAAAAAUCAGGAUCUG